UGAAACUGACAGACUAAUUAAGAUUUCAUUGGUUUGCUGUUGGGGUGUUAAGAAAAAAAAACUAUUCAUUUUUAGUUUUAUGCAAGCUUCAUAGUAAAGACUUCAUUGAGUUAUGAGUAUAUAUUUAAAAUACUUCGGAAUUCUGUUAUUCUUCCUAGUCAAUAUAUGUAGAUGUCAAGGCAUUUCGUGUUUUGUCUGCGAUUUCUGUCAAGAAGUCUAUCAGUCGACAACAGUAAGAGCCAAUUGUGCCAAAUGUGCUACAGGAGGAGCAAACAACUACGUGUCACGAGCAUGCCUUGGUGCUAAUGGUAAAUUUCCUCCAAAUUUUCCAUUAUUAUAUCGAAGGACAUGUCAGACAGAGUUGUGCAAUAGAGAGAAAUCAACCAACACAAUCGAAAAUCCUGUCAGGUGUUACAGUUGUAGUCAAUGUACAACAGAUAAUCAAAGAAUUGUAGAUUUUUGUGGAGCAUGUGUAACAUCCGUCGAUUCAGGAUUUGUGAAUAAAUAUUGCAAUUAUUCGUGUGGUCCUCAGCCGAUGGGCAGAGAAAUUUCGUGCUGCACAUCUGAUCUGUGUAAUGGAAAAACAAAAUUAUCUAUGCACAGUAGUGCGAUUAUAUUAAUGCUCAUUUUAACUGGAAUCAGUGCAUAUAUGUUGUAAGACAAGGGAUAAACUAUGCUGAUCAAUUGCUCAAACAUCACAUGCCUAGACCUUUGCACAAAACAGACAAAGUCUAAUGGAAACGUUGUAGACACAGUUUCAUUGAACUUCCAUUUCAUGACCUUGUUUUUUGUUAAAGCAUUCACUGUUUCAUUCAUUGUAUUUUGGACGUGUAUAAUUUUGUUUUAUUUUGGUUAUUUCAUUAUUUGAGAAUAAAUUUUGAGGAAUUUAAAAAAUCGUCUAGAAUUUAACUCUAUUUAAAAUUUCAAUAUACA